AUGUCAGAAUCGCUUGGAAUCCUGAGCCCUGGAAUCGCUGAUCAGGCAGCAUUGUCACUCAGACACCCCUAUUCACCAUCCCCUCGCUCCUCCCUCUCCACUCCCAAUCAUGCAGAGACAGAGUUGGCGCUGCAGUGCAGUGCAGUGAAGAGCAGAGGAGGAGGGAGCAUGGGGGACGCGGGAUUGCAGGCUGCUGUGGUGGAUGGGUUGCGGGCGCACUUGCAGCGAGUGAGAGUGGCCGAUGGCAGCACGCGCGUGUUCAAGGAGGAGUGCUGCAUCACCUUUGACACUCCGCGGUCCAGGACUGGUCUGCUCGUGGAUCUCAACUCCUUCCUGGCGUUCAGCGAGCGUGCAGCGGCAUGGCAGCACGCCAAGUCAGGCAACGCCGUGUUCCUGCGGAUCCGGGAGGUGGAGAAAGAGAAGGAGGGGAAGGAGGGCGAGGAGGGCGAGGAGAUGGAUAAGGAGCCGCCGUCUAAGAAGCCAACGCUGCUGGCCAUAGGUGUAGAAGGCGGAUUCAAUCCAGAGAAGGAGGUGCAGUACGAGACUCGUUACAGUGUGGUUCUCUUACCGGAUAAGCUCGAGCUGCCCUACCCCAACAACGACCUCCCUGAGAUUAUUCGCAUGUCGGUAGAAUCCGUGAUAGCAGCGGAGGGAGCGGAGCGGAAGCAGCAGGUGUCGGCGUGGGUGGCGGACAAGAAGCGAGUGGCCAAGAGCGCUCUCUCCCUCGUGCAGCUCCACAACGGGGUCACCGUGCCGUCGCUGCCCGCGCUCUGGCAGUGCGCCAAGUGCGACAAGAAAGAGAAUCUGUGGAUGAAUCUGAGCGACGGGACGAUUCUGUGCGGGAGGCGGAACUGGGAUGGGACCGGCGGGAACGGGCAUGCGCUGAUGCAUUACGAGGAGACCAAGUUUCCUUUGGCGGUGAAGCUGGGGACCAUCACCCCGGAUUUGGACACGGCAGACGUGUAUUCAUACGAGGAGGAUGACACAGUUGAAGACCCGCUGCUAGCCAAGCAUCUUGCUCACUUUGGCAUCAACUUCUCCUCGCUCUCCAAGACGGAGCAGACGACAGCGGAGAGGGAGUUGGAUCAGAACAUGAGCUUUGACUGGAACCGCAUGCAGGAGCAGGGAAAGACGCUGCAGCCUCUCUUCGGCGCUGGCUUCACCGGCCUUGCUAACCUCGGCAACAGCUGCUAUCUUGCAUCAGUCAUGCAAGUGCUCUUCUCAACUGAUCAUUUCAGCAACAGUUUUUUCAAGUCUGUGUCGUUAGAGGAAGCAUUUGCAAAGGCGCCUGCUGACCCUACCGCUGAUUUUGCCACUCAAAUAGUGAAGCUGGCGCAUGGGCUGCUUUCGGGAGAGUACUCUCACCCAGUGGAAAGUGGUCAAGGGAAGGAGAAGGAGAAGGAGAAGGAGCCGUAUCAAGUGGGCAUCCCCCCGCGCAUGUUCAAGAAUGUGAUUGGCAAGGGGCAUGCGGAGUUUUCCACUUCCAGACAACAGGACGCCUUGGAGUUCUAUCAAUACCUUCUGGAGCAGAUUCAGAAGCUGCCCGCCCCACCAGCAGCAGCAGCAACAGCACAGCAACAAGCAGAAAGCACAGAAGCUGGGAAGGGACCAGAAGCAGCAGGCUCGGAAGGAGGAGGAGGAGGAGAAAGCGGAGGAGGGGGAGGGAGUGAUGGUGUGAGUGCGUGGCGCAGUGUGGAGUAUGUGGUGGAGGACAGGAUAGAGUGUGGGGCGUCGCAGCAGGUCAAGUACACAAGACGGCCUGACAACGUGCUCUCGCUCCCCAUUCCCCUCGAUGCCGCCACCAACAAAGAUGAAGUGGCAGCGUUUGAGGCGUUGAAGAAGGAGAAAGAGAGCCGAGGAGAGAAAAUGGGCAAUGAGGAGGUGGUUCGGCCGCGCGUGCCUCUCUCCGCCUGCAUUGACCGGUUCGCUGCACAGGAGAGCAUUCCGGGGUUCUUCAGCACAGCUAUCAACGGCCACACCACAGCACUCAAGACGACGCGCUUUGCCACGUUCCCUGAUGUGCUGGUGGUGCAGAUGCGCAAGUAUGUUCUCGAGUCUGGCACCUGGGUGCCGAAAAAGCUCGACGUUUUCCUAGAUGUGCCUGAUCGGCUGGACCUUUCGCAUCUGAGGGGCAAGGGGCUGCAGCCGGAGGAGCAGGAUCUGCCAGAAGACGCAGCAGCAGGAGGAGAGGGCGCAGGGCAAGCAGCAUCGGAGCCAGGGCCAGCAGUGCUUCAGGCGGACGAGGUGGUGGUGGCAUCGCUGGAGAGCAUGGGGUUCCCGCGCGUGCGCUGUGAGAAAGCAGCUGUGCUGACAGGCAACGCGGGAGUGGAGGAGGCGGCUAAUUGGAUCUUCGAACACAUGGACGACGCUGACAUUGACGAGCCACUCCCCCCACCGGGAGCCCCGUCCGCAGCGCCGGCGGCGGCGGCGGCAGCGGCGGUGGACGAGGUGUCUCUGGCAACGCUCAUGUCCUUUGGUUUCUCCGACACUGCUGCUCGCAACGCACUCGCGGCCACUGUGAGAGCCCUUCUGUACCUUUCUCUCCCUCACCAUCUCUUUUUGAGACGCCUCAAAAGUGGACGAGGUGUCUCUGGCAACGCUCAUGUCCUUUGGUUUCUCCAACAAUGCUGCUCGCAACGCACUCGCUGCCGCUGUGAGCCCUCUUCUGUACCUUUAUUUUACCGUGACUGUUUGACGCGCACCAGCGGUGGACGAGGGUGCUUUGGCGACGCUCAUGUCCUUUGGUUUCUCUGA